AUGAGAUGGCAACCCGUUCCCGGAGCUCCGCUUGUCCCCAAUCCCCUCUCAAUCAAGGAGAGUUGGGACCCACUCUUCCGGCAACCGCCGUUGAGUCAACAAGCCUUGAACCAGAGGUCUACGGGGAAAUCUCCCUCAGCCAAGCAAUCUCCCUUAUCUUGGGAUUGCAAAACCAAGUCCUCCGGCUCAAGCAGGAACUCAAAGAAACCAAGGAAGCAACCAAGGAAGCCUGAGACUGGAUGGGAGCAGGGUGGAGCCCCACAUACACCAGAAGACCGGAAACCCCCAGCAGUCAAGGCCACGCCCAGGCCCUUACCAAAAACCAACACUUUUCCAGCGCCUAGUGCGCCCCUUGUUGCCUGGGCCAAUCCCAUCCCACAACCAGCGGCCCCUGUAGCCGCUUACCAAGCCCCGGUCAAAGUGGACCACCCUGACGCCUAUACGGGGAAGAUAGGGAACAAAGCCCGCCAAUGGCUCACACGGAUGUUGGCAUGGGUACGUCUAAAUCAACAGAUGUUCCCCAUGGAUCAGGAGGUCCUAUUGUUCCUCCUGAUGAACAUGAAGGACGUAGCAGGAGCCUGGGCUCACCCCCACCUCAAUCAACUCAGGUCCCACAGGGCCCUUAUCCAAACAGUUGACGAGUUCAAAACGGAGUUCUUGGCUGCAUUUGGGAACCCGGAUGCCACGCAAGCCGCCAAGCGGCAAAUUACACAACUUACUCAGACAGGAACCUGUGCUGAGUACAUCACAAAGUUUAGGACCAUUGCCAUGGACCUAGACUGGAAUGACGCCGCCCUUUGUGGGCAAUUUGCACGUGGCCUCCACUGGGAGCGCCCCACAACACUCCUUGAGCUGCAAAAUGCGGCUCUGGUCAUUGAUAACGCCCUCUGUGAGGAGCGUGCCAGCCACCCGCCUAAGGGUAAUAAGUCUGGAAACUCUUCCACCCCCAAUAGGGGGACGAGUACCGGCCAACAGGCCACGAGACCAGGGCGCCUCUCCAGUGAUCCCAACUUUGUCUCCAAGGAGGAACAAAACCGCUGCAGGGCUGAAGGCCUCUGCAUCAAGUGCGGUAAAACGGGGCAUAAGUUUGCGGAAUGCUGUACUGGCUGGAAAGCCACGCCUAAGGAGGAAGGCAUCAAGAAAGAAGCCGCCAAGAUUGGCAAAGAGUCCGGACCCAAAUUGGGAAAAGACUAA